GGAGGGGGGUGGCGGCGGUGGUGUUCGUAGUGGUGGUGUUGGAGGGGGGGCGCGCACUGCAACCCCUCCUUCCCGAACACAAACCGAGGAGGCAUCUACCGGCGGAAGCGCGAUGGCCGACACCGACGACCAUCAACCGGAGAACGGCUUCGUGUCCCCCGAUAGCACGUCGUCGUCGUCGUCACCACCGGGUCCGCUGACGCGCAUCGACGGCGCGGUCUUGCCUUUCCUCGGCGGUUUCGGGAAGUACCAGAAACAGCUGAUCCUGCUCACAUGGAUCCCGGCGCUCUUUAUCGGAUUCAGCCAGCACUCGGACAAUUUCCUACUCGCCCAGCCCAACAACACCUGCAUCCAACCUUUGACGAACGCCACCGCUUCCACCACAACCACCAGCAGCGCGACCACGACCGCCAGCACGACUGCAGCCGGCGGCAACGUAACGUGGGCCCGCUCCUGGGCGUCGGGUGGCCCGCAGAACGCGAGCGGGCGGGCUGCAGGCGUCCACAAUGACACGGGCGAUGACACGCAGUGCAUGUGCAACGCAUGGACCUUUGAGAUGCACACCGGACUUGUCCAGAAUGUUGUCACUAAGUGGAGUCUGGUGUGCAACUCGUCAUGGAAAGUCCACAUUGCAAAAUUCUCACUCUUGGUGGGAUCCAUCUUCGGAUACCUGGUGUUCGGAAUCCUUGCGGACUGGUUUGGCCGUCACCCAGUGCUGAUCAUAUCUGUGCUCUUCAUGCUGGUGUUCGGCCUCACUGUGGCUUUUUCCGUCAACGUUCCCAUGUUCAGCACGCUGAGAUUCUUUGAAGGCUUCUGCUUGUCUGGCAUCACACUCUCACUCUACGUCCUCAGGAUCGAGCUGUGCCUGCCGGGUUGGCGCUUCUCCAUGACCAUGGUGGCCAGUUUUGUGAUGCUGGGCGGCCAGCUGCUGAUGCCGGGUGUGGCCUACCUGUGCCGUGACUGGCAGGUACUCCAGGCCGUCAUCAUCUGCCCCCUGCUGCUUAUGCUCUCCUACAUCUGGAUCUUCCCUGAGUCACUGCGUUGGCUGCUGGCCACGCAGCAGUACUGCCGCUCCAAGUGGAUCAUGGGACAUAUCGCCAAGAAGAACUGCGUCAAUAUGCAGCAGGAUCCCGACAACAUCCUCCCAGAAUUACAGAGAGCGCUUCAACGCAAGCCCAAAAAGACCUGCAUCGUGAAAAUGGCCCGAACGAGGAACCUGUGGAAGAAUAUUGUUGUGCUCUGCGUCAAUUCGCUAACAGGCUACGGGAUCCACCACUGCUUCGCCCGCAGCAUGAUGGACCCUGAGGCCCAGGAGACCACCAUGUUCCACGACUUCUACGCCGACUAUUACACCAUGGCGGGCAUCGCGGUGGCAUCCUGCCUGGCGCUGUGCCCGGCGGUGGGACUGAUGGGCCGGCGCGGCGGCCUCCUCACCUUCAUGAUCAUCACCGCGUUGGCGUCCUUGCUGCAGCUAGGCCUGCCCAACUUGCUGGGAAAGUACAGCACCCAUCUCAACAUAGAUAGCUCAAGCACACUGAAGAAGAACUUCUCCAUCGCCUUCUCAAUCAUCGGGAUGUUCUCCUCCCACGCCGUCAGCAACCUGAGCAUCUUCUUCUGUGCUGAGAUCACACCCACCGUCAUCAGGGGCGGCGGCCUGGGCCUGGUCCUGGCGAGCGCCGGGUUCGGCAUGCUGACGGCGCCCAUCAUGGAGCUGCACAACCAGAAGGGCUACUUCCUGCACCACAUCAUCUUCGCCUGCUGCACGCUCAUCUGCAUCAUCUGCAUCCUGCUCCUGCCCGAGACGCGCUACCACCCGCUGCCCGAGACGCUGGCCGACGGCGAGAGCUACACGCGCCAGCCCCUGCUGCCGCCGCGCAAGCCCGGCGAGCAACGCCUCCUGCUGGUGCCCUCCCAGAGCGCCCGAGAUUACACGCGCGUGCACGACACGCCGCUGCACGAGGCCGCCGCCGCCGGCGUCUCCAUCAUGGACUCUGCCGCCUCGUCCGCUGCCGAUUUGAACGCCCCCGACGAGGACGAUGGUGCCCGCACGGGACCGACGAAAGACGACACCAUCCACGCCAGCAAAGAGCACCUCCUGUCUUCCACGCCUGAGCCCUCGCACCCCCUGCUGUCGGAUGAGGAUAAGCCUUCAGAGGUUGUCCAUGCUUCUAUCGAGCCGCCGACUCGCGCCGUUGUCCUCCAAACGGACGACGCUCUGCAUCCGUCCCCUACGCUGGAAUCUCUUCCAGACCCGGUCUCCGAGGAGCCCCCGCCGGAAUCCCCCGACCAGCUGGACGAGGACCCUCCACCCAUGGAAUCGGGUCCACCGUCGCCAGAGGACACCGUACCCGUCCCCCAUUCCCCGUCACCCCCUCCCCCGGACAUUGUGUCCCCGUCACCCCCUUCCCCGGACAUGCCGUCCCAUUGCUCAGACAUCCACUUAGAAGUAGAGGAUGAAUCAAUGCCACCAUCCCCUCCGCCAGACCCCCCUUGCGGCGACGAUCUUUCUCCCCCACCUUCCCCUGUUCCAGACUCUGUUUUACCCUUGUCUGGCCACACGUCUCCUUCCCGAUUUCCUUCUCUGCCUCUUCUGCCCGCCGCUCCCCCCAUUACAGAACCGGCUGCCGCUGAGGCGACCACAUCGACUGAACAUCCUUCACGGGAUUCCUCAGACUCCGAUCACAGCACUUCAGGAGCAUCUCCCCCCUCUCUAAUGGUCUGUACAGUUUCCUCCCCCAUCGACUCUGGCGUGCUGUCAAUCAGCGCCAGCACAGAAAGCAACGCCCUCAACGGCGUGGCAUCGUCAUGAUGAUGAUGAUGCGGCAAACAAAUCCCCUCGCACUUAAAAAAAAAAAAAAAAAAAAGCCGUGCCAGCCUGGAGUUGGCGGGUCUUUAAAAACGAUCCCUUUCCUUUUCCUGCACAAGAGACCGUUUCAUGAUGGCAUUGUUUCCUUUUUUUUUUUUUUAUGUCACAGGAAAAAAGAAAAAAAAAAAAUCACCAGCCUAUAAACUCCAUUGAUGGACAAAUUAAAAAAAAAAAAAAAUCUCAAGCGUCAAUCAGAAGCAAGCGUCAGAACAUGAGGACAAAUGCUGCUGAGAAGUCCAUGUGAAUAAGUGUUUGUGCUUAGCACAUUUAGUAGGCCACGUUCUCAAAAAUAAUUUCCCCACCUUUAUCGAGCCCAUGCAGAAGACAAAAAUACAACACUGCCCUCCAUAAUUAUUGGAGCCCCUGUUUAACAUGUGUUCUUUAGCUUUAAAUAAAUUCGUUUUUUUUAACAAUACAAGACUAACAUUUAAAACAAGAGUAGAAUCCAACUUUGAACUCAAGUGCAUUUAUUCAGUGGGACAAAAACAUUACCACCUUAAAAAAUAAUUCUGUGUGCCACAAUUAUUAGAAAAUGUAAAUGACUAAACUUUGAAUUGUCUGCCGGUCCUUGUCAAAUUGCCCAGGACAGAAAGCUAAACAAUAAUUUUGGUAACUAUUCAAGCUGCUCAUUUGGGCCAUCAUAAACUGCUCGGAUAGAUUUUUUUUUUUUUAAGUGCACUGUGAGGAAGAAUAAGACUUGUUUUGGGCUCAGUCCCCAAGUAAACAAUCACAGGCAACGGCAAACCAGAAAACCAAAAUGAAAAUGUUCAAAUGGUGCCAAAAAUGAGUAUUGCAUGUUUUGGGGGCUUCUUUUUGUGCAGCCCCCUGCCAUAGACUGAAUGCGGACGGAUUGAAUUGGAUCAAUGGAGGCAAUGAGAAGAAGCUGCAUACAAAAGUGUCUUUUUUUUUUUUUUGGUUCAAAGCAAAAUGGCGUAAUCUUGUAGUGAUUUUGUCAGCGAGUGCAUAAUUGUGUGUGUGCGAGUGUAAACCAAAUGGAAAACUAUGAUUGACCUGAUAAAUGUACAAAGCUUCAUCUUGCAAUAUUGCUGACAUGACACACAAUAGUCAUCAGGCAAAAAGCAAUUUUAUUUUUUAAACAUCCACGCACAACUCAACUGCUUUCCAAGACUUGACUCUUCCGUCGAUACUUGAUCGUCUCGUUUACAACAGUGCUCCUAAAGCAAACCAAGCAUCAUUACUGUAAAAACUCCAAAGCCAGAAAGAUUUGUUUUGGGUUGUUUUGUUUUAAGAACAUGACUCAAGGUUGCCGCCCUCAUUCUAUUGCGUGGAAUUUGCCCUGGGAGGAACAGAACAGAAAGCGGCGCUCUCCGGAGACAAACUUGUGGUGCGUUCAUGAAAACACGAAAAAACAACAACCCACCAGGUACCUACCAACAACGUUCUUCCUCCAAAUGCACUGACAACAAGAUUGUGCUUGUUUUUUUUGUUUGUCUUUCCUUCCUCCCUCCCAUGCUUCCUUCCUACGCAAAUGAUGUAACGCAGCCUGAAUCCAAAUAGGAGCGUGCUUUUUGCUGUUGUCGCUUUUCAAGGUGGCAAUCCUCGAUGGACGAUCAAGUUGUGAAAUCUUCAUGCCAGUUGUCUGAUGCUGCUACACACCUGAAAGCACAAAUUCCCUGCAAUCAUGUGACAUCACAUUGAUGGAAUGGUAGAGGCACACUGAGAAGGAAGCAACAAAAAUGUAGGCCAAGUGUUUGACCUGCUAAAAAGUCAAACGUGACAAUAAAGGUAUGAGAAAGAAAAUAAGAAUAGAAAAUGGAUUGUUAUGAGAAACUACUCAUUGUACAGGAAAAAAAGGUGGCUUUUUCUUUUUGUUUGCUUUACCAGAAUUUUGCUUGUCUUUUGUUUUCCUUACUUUCAUUAAUAUGAAAUAACCCCUACAAAUAUCAGUAUGAGUUCAAUUAAUUUGAAUUGUAAUCAAAAUUCACUUUAUUUUCAUGGUUCUGUUCUGCAGUUUCCAUUCGUAUGUGGCCCGAAAACCGGUACAUAAGUUCAAUGAGAAGAAAAAAGGGAAAAAGGAGCUUUCUUUGCGCAAUUACUAAUGCAGACUUCCUUCCAUUUAGUGUGUGUGCGUCAGCAGCCAUUUUAAAAUAACAAACGACACGCUUGUGUCAAAUCUCAUCAAGCUUUUGCACGGUGCCGACUGAAGCGUCCGCAAUAUGACAAUUUAGCACCGGGGCGGAAGCAUUUGAGCGGACAUCCGAUCCAGUUAGAUCAUGUGGAGGACAAGUAGAACAGUGAAUGUAAAAAUGAAGGAUGAAGGCAAAACGUGUGAAAGGUGAUCAAGUGUUCAGGUUCGGCCUCCUUCCUCAAAGAAAGAGUUGAAUGAAUGUAAAAAAAAUAAAAAAAUUAAUGGAUUGUACUGUUUGAUUUCUGAAUGUUUGGUUAGACUUUGAGAAUUCUUACAUGCACUUGUAUAUAAGCCAUACCUGUUGUCAGAAUAAACCACUAUUUAUUGA